CAUAAGAAUAUUGUUGAAAAUAUAUAAAAAGAGAAACUCAUUUGGAAAAUUUUGCGAGUUAGUCUUAAAGUUUUAAUUCGACGUAACUAUAGAUCAAGAGAUCGUCACGACUCUCUUUAUUAAGUGCAAAAUAUGACAACCUCCUCUUUCAAAAUUAACAAAGCACAUUUAUCUCCAAAACCAACCAAUUUUUUUCCACUCAUGCAAGAAGUCAAUGAAGAAGCUGUAUCAAUUAUUCAAUUUCAACAUUCAAUUGAUCAUUUGGCUUGGCCUGCCUUCGUUUUCAGCUUCACCCUCUUCUUCUUCUGCCACAUUCUUCCUCAUAUGUCAGUACAAAUUCACAACCGCAGAUUUUGUUAACUAGCUUCCACCCAGCAGAAAAAAGACAAUCGGUUUUGGUUGGUUGGGGGAAGAACAGUUUGCCUUGGACUUGUCGCUGCUUCUGUCUACAACUACACACUCCCUGCUGGCUGAAUCUUUUUUUCUUCUUGUCUUUAGUUUUUUGGACAGAUUAAAUAUAAGGAAAACUUGCAGCAACAGCAAUGAACCAAAGAGGGCAGUGGCAUGACCAUGAAGGCUGAAGCUAGCUAGCUAGCGCCAUAAAGCCUCUUGUCAAUGAGACGUGAUGGAUUGCUUCAGUUGUGACCUGUUGGGCAUGUGACUCGGAUCUUACCGCGCCAAAGAAACAUCCCAAUGGCGCUCACGCAAGAGUUAGGCACGCGAGCAAGAACAGCGCCCGGAGGCUGCGCCCAGACACCGAACGACGACGCUUUGGUCAGAUGUUGACCUUGACUAAGAGACCAUGAAAGCGGCGCCGCGUCACUCAAAGAGUAGUCACCAUCAUAGUUCUAGGUAUAGUCAUGGCUAAAGGUCUUUUCCUAAGUAGGGAUGUGGCCUAUGCUUCUGACAUGUCAGUAGUCAUGUCACCAUGCCACCAUGUAACUCACCCACCACCAUGUAGCCUAUAAAUAUGGCAUUUACUCCGGUAGGUGAGGGGAUCGGAUUUUUCAGACUCUAUCUCUACGAAUUAUCAACUUCUCUCUCUAAGAUAUCACCCUCUCAACUCCAUUCAUUCUCUCCUUAGUUCUUCCGUUCAUAGCUGUUUCUUAUUGCUUACUCUCCUUGACCCAUCCUCUCGAGCCUCACUCCUACACCCAGUUAGGCUCAAACAAUCCAUUAAUGGUGACCCGAAACAGUGGAUUGCUUCGACGAGAUGGACGAUUAUAGAUCACGGUUGAGAUGUUGCAAAUUCAUGAAGUGUAGGGUGGAAAUCGAACGUUAGAUAUACGAUGAUUAUUUGAAUUUUGUUUUUUUUUUUGUCGAGUAUUUUAGUUCGAGUUAAGAAUAUGAUUCUGAGUUCGGGUUCCAAAUUCGUUUGUGUGGGGGUGUGAUGAGCGGAAUUUGUGGAGAUUGGUUCAUGAUUUAAACUUCAUCAUUGACGAUCAAUGAUUAGUAUAUGCAUGUAGCAUUAUUUUACUGGAAAAUGUACUAACUUUUUUUUAAGAGCGGACCAUAUGUGGAAAGUGAGGAGCAGAGAAGGGAUCUCGACCUUCUUGAAAAGCUUAGGGUCGAGUUUUAGUAUGAGGGCAAUGACUUGGUUCUUUAUCCUACGAUUCUGCUUGAUCUUUUUUGAGUUCAGAGUUGCUUAGUGGAUUUGCUCAAUAGUUAUGGACUUUGUGAUGAAAUAUGCGCACACGAUCGGAGUUUCUUGUCCAAUACAUUUAUUAAGAAAAAAGCACAGGCAUUACAUUGUAUGGUGAAAUGUGACUGUCUGCUCAUUUUUCAGAACGAGUCGGAUGCUCAAAAGUUUUAAUCAUAUAUGGCUCACUCUGAUCCCUAAAGUGGAUAACGUAGAGCACAUGAGGCAAUUGCGGCCGAUCAGCCUAUGCCAAUUCGCCUAUAAAAUUAUAACCAAAAUCAUGUCCGAGAGGCUUGCUAAGAUCCUCCCGGGUAUCAUAUCUGAGGGGCAAAAUGCCUUCAUACGGGACAAGCAGAUCAUCGAGAAUAUUCUCCUUGGCCACGAGUUAAUGCAUUAUUUAAAGAUCAAAACACGAGGAAAGAAGGGAUACAUGGCUCUAAAGGUUGACAUGGAAAAGGCCUAUGAUAGAGUCGAAUGGUCCUUUUUGCUUGCUGUUAUGAAUAAAAUGGGCUUUGACUCGGUUUGGCAAGGAUGGAUCCAUGAAUGUCUCCGUUCCUCGUCUUUCUCUGUGCUUAUGAAUGGCUCCCCAGCAGGGUACUUCUCACCAUCUCGAGGUUUGCGUCAAGGAGAUCCUUUAUCCCCUCUAUUGUUUGUGAUAUGUACAGAGGGGUUCGCAGCUCUCCUUCGUAAAGCAAUUGAUGAGGGGCGUCUGCAGGGUGUGAAGGUGGCGCCAAGAGCUCCCAGAAUUUCCCACUUAUUUUUUGCGGAUGAUUCGUACCUCUUUUUGAGAGGAACGCUCCAGGAGUGUGAGAAUCUGAUUGUGGUUUUAAAUGAGUAUGAGGAAUUGAGCGGCCAACGUGUCAAUUUGGAUAAAUCAGCAGUUUGUUUUAGCAAGAAUGUUACUUUGCCUGAUCAGGAAUUUCUGGCUGCGGUUUUGGGGGUGGGGGCGGUGGGUGUACAUGAUAAAUAUUUGGGGUUACCCACCUUGUUUGCCCGGUCCAAGAUGGCUACCUUCCGGUACUUGGAAGAAAAGCUCCUAGAACGCCUCAAAGGUUGGAAGCAGCGGACUUUGUCUUGGGCUGCGAAGGAAACUUUAAUCAAGUCCAUUGCUAUGGCGUUGCCUUUGCAUGUAAUGUCUUGCUUCAAACUUCCGGUGUCUCUAUGUCGUAUCUUGGAUAAGCAUGUGGCAAGAUUUUGGUGGGGGGUGACGGAGGAUAAUUUGAAGAUUCGUUGGGUUUCCUGGCGUAACAUGUGCCGGAGUAAACAUGAAGGGGGUUUGGGGUUUCGACGAUUCGAACAAUUUAAUCAGGCUCUGCUAGCCAAAAUUGGUUGGCAAAUCAUGACUGAUCCGCAGUCCCUUCUUGCCCAGGUCUACAAAGGAAAAUACUUCCCAACUGGGACCUUUCUUACCGCUACGGCCCGCUCUCGGCCUUCUUGGGGAUGGCAGAGCAUCCUCUUUGGCCGCCAGUUGUUGGCCAAGGGUCUGCGCUGGCAAAUUGGGAACGGUCAGACGGCCUCCGUGCUUAACUCCAAUUGGAUCCCUCCCUACCAAUUUGACCCCAUCCAGGCUAAUCCGGUAGUGCUACCGGAGGGUGGGGAUCCAAAGGUGGCGGAACUAAUUCGGACCGGGGAGGGACGCUGGUGUGACAGUAAAAUUAGCCACUGGUUUGAUCCCCCUACGUGUAAAGCCAUAAAAGCUAUACCCCUUCCACGGAGGAAUAUUGAGGAUAAGCUCAUCUGGCAUGCGACGGUGGAUGGGAUGUUCACGGUCAAAUCGGCUUAUCAUCUCGCAGUCACAUUAGACAGGAGGAGGGAAGGAUGGAGGUCUACUGUGAGCUGGAUGGAUAAGGACAGCUGGAUUCGUAUCUGGGAGGCAGAUAUCCCCCCAAAACUAAAAGUGUUUGUUUGGCAGAUCCUUUCUCGAGUUCUCCCUACUACGGAGGCACUCUUAGAGCGAAAGGUUCAGGUACAUCCCCGUUGCCCGGUGUGCUGGGAAAGUUCCGAAACUCUUGAGCAUCUGUUUCUCUACUGUCCGGUUGCUCGGGCCCUUUGGGAUUGCUCGGGCUUGGACUACCUGGGGGAGGCGUUGCCGCGCCAGACGUUUCCUUUGUUUCUUAAGAAGCUCUUGGCUUUGAUUAAUCAACCCACGGUGUUUAUGGCGGUGGUUGCCAUUCUUUGGAGGAUUUGGCGGUCUCGGAAUUGGGUGGUGUUCGAAGGGAAACAAUUUGGAAUCCCAGUGCUAAUGCGCCAAUUUGUCCAGCAGUUUGAGGAAUGGGUUCGGUUGCCUAAAGAGACGGUGGCGCGGCCAAUCCAGUCGGAUCCGGGACAGCAGCCCCUGGUUGGCCCUCCCCGUAUGGUCUGUAGGUGGGAUGGAGCUACGAAGGCUGGGUCCCAUUCUGCAGGGGGUGUGGUCCUGUUCCACCCGUUUGGGGAGAUCGCGAUGGUCAGGGGGUAUCAUUUCCCGGGCAUAGACAACCCCCAGGUGGUGGAGCUCCUUGCGCUCAGGGAGGCUGUGGGCUGGUGUGUUGAGCUAGGCUUCACGGACAUUGUGUUUGAGGGGGAUGCCAAAGUUAUCAUCGAGAAGAUCAAUAGAGGCGACCAGAGUGAUAGUCGGAUGGGUGCUGUUCUAGCAGAGCUAUUGCAAUAUUUUCGCAUCCAUUCGGGGUUUAGUAUUCGGUUCAUAGGUCGGCGUAGUAAUAGGGUAGCCCAUAUGGUGGCUAGGAAAGCCCUUUCUUUGUACCCUACCAUGAGCCGUUUCUUUGAUUUCCAGACCUGGCUGCUUUCCAGGGUGUAACUUUUAUUGAAUCUAUAUAUGAUUAUCUUUUGUAAAAAAAAAAAAAAGAAGGUGAAAUGUGACUAAUGAAAUUUGACUUUAAACAAUAGUUUGUUUUAUAAAGUUCAAGUGAUUUCUCUUCAAAAAAAAAAUAAAAUAAAUAAAGUUCAAGUGAUUCAACUCCUAAUAACCAACAAUUUGAUGUGAUUGAACUCAUUGCAUGACUCUUGUUUGUAGGACUCGUGUGCAUUUGCUCCCUCUGAGUCUUCACAAUCACAAUGACUAUCUCAUGCUUUACCAUUGAAUUAUAUAUGAUUCGGUUGAUAUUGGUAACCUGUUUUAGUUGCAAAUGAAGGCAUGUCGAUCUUCGUAUGGUUAUAGAAUAACUCGAUCAGGACUUAUUUCAAAAACAACACGAGCAACUUAAUUGGACUGGGAUUCAGUUGUACUUGGAUUAAAAAAAUAUGUAGAAAUUAUCCCAAAAAAUCCAAUGUAUUGGAGAAAUGGUAGUCCCCCAUAUUAUAUAUAUAUUAGAUGAGAAAAAUACAACAUAGGAUAAUUGUGAUUGAAAAGAAAGCAUCUGAGUUGUGAAAAAUAACUUAUAUAUGAUACACGAAUAUAGCAUGACUUAAGUUUAGAUGAAUGAUUUAUGCAUGAUAUGAGGAUAUAACAAGCCAGUAUCAUAUACUAAGGGCAAUGUUUGCUAUUGUCGGAAAAUAUUGAGCGUAAGUUCAUAUCUAAGUUUGCUUUCAUGAGAUAUUGGGGAAAAUCAAACUUUUAGUUCAUAAAAUGUUAAACCGAGUGUAACUGAAAAAGAUAAACGUGAGGGCAUUCAACUUGUUUUCAAUGUCGUAGGCAUACAUAAACUUAAUUUUUUAUGGGUAUGUUCAUAAACUUUAGCACUCAUAAGUUGGGAUCAUGCACCCAUAUGUACUAAGUGACUAUUGUGUUAGAUUAUUGGUCAUGCUUCCAAACUUGUAAUGAUGAAUUUGUUAAGAACCCAAAGUAUGAUAAUUGAUCUCGUAAUGACCAAAAAGUUUAUUGACCUCUAAACAAAGUGUAGUGGCCAUUUAUUUUAAUCAAUACAAAGCCAAGGCAAACCCAAACGAUCAAAAUACCCCUAGCAUCUGCCAAACACUCCAUAGAGGAAUAAACCUAAACCCCUUAUCCUCCUCAUCUCCCCCUAAUCUCCGUUAAUCGCCAUGGCCGGCCUCCAUUACAACUUCUUCCUCAGCGAUUUCUUCUACUCUUGCCCUAAGUCCGUCACCGUAGCCGAGCCGCAAACGUUAGCCAGACAUCGUCCCUCCAGUUAAAGCGACCCGACAGAGCAGUUACCACAGCAGGUUACCCUGCCAACCUCAUCAUCCACACCAACGACAACAAGUCCACCACUGCCAUAGAGUAUAAGAAGGAGAAGUACAAUCACCUUGAUGGGUAGCUGAUAAUAACCACCACCACAAUCCUCAAAUCCAUAGUAAUCGUGAUCUGCACUAAUUUGAUCCUCUUCUUAAUUAACUAAUAUAGUAAUAUGGUAUGACUUAGAUUUAGAUGAAUGAUUUAUGCAUGAUAUGAGAGUAUAACAAGCCAAUAUCAUAUACUAAGGGCAAUGUUUGCUAUUGUCAGAAAACAUUGAGCGUAAGUUCAUAUAUAAGUUUGCUUUCAUGAGACAUUGGGAAAACCAAACUAUUAGUUCAUAAAAUGUUAAACCGGCUAUAACUGAAAAAGAGAAACGAGAAGUCAUUCAACUUGUUUUCAAUGUCGUAGGCAUACUAAACUUAAUUUUUUUAUGGUUAUGUUUAUAAACUAUAUCACUCAUGAGUUGGGAUCAUGAACCCAAAAUGUUAUAAGCUAUAACAUAUGUCGAUAAACAAUUUGUAAUCUCUUGUUAGUGUCUAUAAGUGGCAGCAUACAGGCCACAUUUUUAGAAUUUUGUUAAACAUAUGCGCGAAAUUGCACUACCGUUUAACAAAUAUAGUAGUUCGAGCGAUUUAUUUGUAAUCGAAUAUACAAUUCCUAUGUUA